AUGACGAUAUUAGAUACGACCAAAGAUUUGGCCGCCCUCUUCUCCAUACAAGCAAAGACAACGCCUGACCUGCCGGCCUUGGAAGAUGGCUCGUCGUCUUACACAUAUGCUGAGCUGGACCAGAAGGUCUCUGCCUUAUCGGACCGAUUGCGCGGCUUCGGCGUUGGUCGAGACAGCCUCGUCGGCAUCCUUCUGGGGAGGAGCGCUGACUAUGUCAUCGCCUGUCUCGCUGCAUUGCGGGCCGGAGGUGCCUUCCUCGUUCUUGAGCUAGCCCAUCCUCCAGAUCUACUCGGAGAAAUUCUCGAGGACAGCAACCCGAAGGUGGUCAUCACGCAUACUUCCGAGGUGGGCAAGAUCCGCAAAGGGACGUCUAUCAUCACCCUUGACAAGCAGACAGAGGACAGUAAUGGUCAUGCGAAGGAGCCAUUGCCCCUUCCAGACGACACCGAUCUAGACCGCCUUGCAUUUGUGGCUUACUCUUCAGGAACGACAGGCAAGCCUAAAGGAAUAGCAAACCCCCAUAGGGCUUCGGUGCUCUCGUACGAUUUGAGAUUCGGUGUUCAAGACUUGCAGCCAGGUGACCGUGUGGCUUGCAAUGUUUUCUUUGUAUGGGAAAUUAUUCGGCCACUGCUGCGUGGUGCAACAGUUGUCACAGUACCAGAUGAGACGAGCUUCGACCCGGUACAACUAGUUGAUCUCCUCGCAUCCAAGAAAAUUACCGAGACAUUGAUGACACCAACCCUGUUGGCAGCUGUACUGUCACGGCACCCCAACAUCGGCAAACGUCUUCCGGAUCUCAAAUCCCUCUGGCUCAAUGGCGAGGUUGUUACGACAGACCUGGCUCGGCGUGCACUAAAAGCUCUCCCCCAGACUCGUUUGUUGAAUGUUUACAGCGCGUGCGAGACCCACGAAGUUGCAUGUGGAGACAUCAAAGAGAUACUCAGCGAAGAUUCCACGUACUGUCCCGUUGGUAUGCCGCUGCUUCGCAAACGAACCUACGUGUUGAACGAAUCUGGUCAGAAAGUCGACCUUGGUGAGAGUGGCGAGCUGUUUGUUGGUGGGCCACUAUUGGCACGUGGCUACCUCAAUCGCCCCGAGACCACAGCCAGGGCCUUCACUCCUGAUCCUUUCAACUCUGCUCCAGGCUCCAGAAUGUACCGGACAGGAGACCUUGCCAAGAUCCACCCUAACGGACUGCUUGAAAUCACUGGCAGGGUGGGCGCAAUGAUCAAGCUCAGAGGGUACUCGGUUGUACCAGCAAAAGUCGAGACCGCAAUAAUGAAGCACCUAGCUGUGAAACACUGUGCAGUUGUUGCUCACGGCGAAGGUCUGGACCGCCAGCUCGUUGCUUACGUCAAACCAGAUGACGACGCCUCUGAGGAUCGCCCCGUCAUCGAGAUCAACGAGUCGGGUCACAGCCCCAGCGCAAGAAAGGCACUUGGCCCAUUUCUCGCGCAGUACAUGAUUCCUGCCCUCUGGGUCGAAAUCGAGGAAAUUCCAGUCAAUGAAGUGUCUGGAAAAGUGGACUCGAAGCGUCUCCCACCGCCUCCGGGGCCUGCAACCCCUGUUACUGGACGCAAGACUCCCGAGAAGGAUCCCAUUAGCAUCGAGGAUGUUGCCGAGAUCUGGGCCGCGACACUCAAGACGUCUGCCGCAAGCAUCACCCCCGAGCACAGCUUUUUCGACCUCGGAGGGCACUCGUUGUCACUAGCUGAACUUGCCUCCCGCUUAUCAAAGAGCUUCGGCUUCCGCAUUCCAGUCGCCCGGCUGGCAGAUCCACCGACUCUCAACGGUCAUCUCCAAACCGUCCGUGCUGUGAGAGACGGUCAGAUUGCUGCCGUUCAGGCAGAUCUACCUGCUGUUCUAAAGGCAGACUCUAUUCUCGAUGAAGACAUUAAAGCAACCAGUGCCAAGAUGACUGCAGUCAACUCUGCCGAUACGGUGCUCCUGACUGGUGUUACCGGCUUCUUGGGCGCAUUCCUCUUGAAUAGUUUGCUUCAACACACAUCCGCGACCAUUAUCUGUCUCAUCCGUUGUAAAGAUCCGUCGGAGGAUGAUAUCCCAGCUGGCAUUGCUCGCAUCAGACGCAACAUGGUUGAGUUCGGCAUCUGGAACGACAGCAUCAUGGAGCGAUUGGAGAUUCUACCUGCCAACCUAACACGCAAACGAUUCGGACUGACGCAGGAGGGGUUCGAUACACUCGCCGAGCGCACCCAAGUUAUCAUCCACGCCGCUGCGGCUGUGAAUCUGGUCUAUCCUUAUGCCGCACUUCGCAACGACAACGUCGGCGGAACACGAGAGAUCCUCCGCUUGGCCUCCAAGGGCAACGCUACGGUGCAGUAUAUCUCUACCAACGGCGUCCUCCCCCCUUCUCAAGGUGGUUGGCCUGAGGAAGCCACACUUGGCAUUGAGCACGUGCCUGAUAAGCUCAUUGAUGGGUACGGCCAGUCGAAAUGGGUUGCCGAGCAAUUGGUUGUCGAAGCCGGACGCCGUGGCCUGCCGGUGCGCAUUCAUCGCUGCGGUACGAUCAGUGGUCACAGCAACACCGGCGCCGCCAACGCGUGGGAUCUGCUCAACGCUCUGAUCGUUGAAUCGAUCCGUAUUGGGCACUAUCCCGAUGUUGAAGGCUGGCGCGCCGAGAUGACCCCUGUCGACUUCGUCAGCGAAGCCAUUGUUCACCUCGCCAACCAGACGCAAGCCCAACAGACCAUCUUCCACCUCGGCGACCCGGACCCUGUACCCUGCAGUCAAGUCUUCUCCGACCUCACCGAGCUUGGCUACCUAACCUCCCCAUUGCCAUUCGACAAAUGGGUUGCCCUCUGGACCGAGCAGCGCGGCAGCACCAAAGGUGGCGACGGCGGCUUCACCAUCGACAUCCUCCGCUCUGGCAUGCCCAGUAUCGAGUUCCUGCGCGGCAUCGUCGUGCUCAACAACACCAUGACGCGCCCCUUCCGCGCCGCCGUGCAACGCCCCAAAGUCGACAAAGUCCUGCUAGAAACCUAUACGCGGCACUGGUACGCGCGCGGCUGGCUGUCCAAGCCGCCCGCCCUACAGCACAGCAAAGGCGGCUCGGCACAACUUCCGCGCUACGGGCCCCUCAGCGGCAAAGUGGCCAUCGUGACUGGCGCAUCCUCGGGCAUCGGCGCCGCUGUCGCCGCCGCGCUCGCCAAGGAGGGCUGCCACCUCGCGCUCGCGGCGCGUCGGCUCGACGAGUUAGAAAAAGUCAAGAAGCGGCUCGUGGUGCGCGAGGGCAAAGUCAUCAUCCGCAAGACGGACGUGACGUCGCGGGAGCAGGUCGCGGCACUGGCGCAGGCGGCCGCCGAUGAAUUGGGACCGGUCGACAUCCUCGUCUCGUGCGCAGGCGUCAUGUACUUCACGCUCAUGAAGAACUGCCUGGCCGACGAGUGGGACCGCACCGUCGACGUCAACUGUAAGGGCCUGUUGCACGCGCUUGCCGGCACCGUCCCCGGCAUGCUGGCGCGGGGGUCUGGGCACGUGGUCGCCAUCUCCUCGGACGCCGGGCGCAAGGUUUUCCCCGGUCUGGGUGUCUACAGCGCCAGCAAGUUCUUUGUGGAGGCGACGCUGCAGAGCUUGAGGCUCGAGACGGCCGGGUCCGGCUUGCGCGUCACGGCCGUGCAGCCGGGCAACACGCAGACGGAUCUGCUGACCAUGAGCAGUGAUGAGGAGGCGGUCAAGAAGUAUGGUGAGCCGAGUGGGGCGCAGAUCCUCAGUCCGGAUGAUAUUGCCGGCGCGAUCGUGUAUGCCUUGAGGCAGCCGGAUCAUGUCAGCGUUAACGAGGUGUUGAUUGAGCCCAGGGAUGAGCCGAUAUAG